AUAAAAGCAAUUGUUGUAUGAAACUGACUAAGAUUACAAAGAUGAAAUUUGGAAUGAAGACAUGGAGUAGAGGUAGAAGAAGAAUGCUUGUUGAGAGAUUUGAGUUUUUCCUUCUUUCAGUCUGUCCUGUUCCCAUGUUGGACGAUGCAGGUACAGACGAAUUACCCGAUCUGGUAGAGGUCUUUGUUGACGAACAUAAGUCUCCUACUUCGUCUCCUCUAAAUGGUACCCUGGGAACGGUAACUGGCGAGCCCGGCCAGGAGGUGAAAAUCAGGAUUGUCUUUAAAGACAAGGAUGAUAAAUCUCCCAUAGGAAAGAUCACGGUGACCACCAAAAAUACACAAACCGUUACCUUCAUUGUUACAACUCCAGAGGAUACUGAGUUGAGAAAGGAAGAGGUACGAUGUAGUUCCGAGUGAUUUUGAAUGCAAAUGAUUAUCUUCAUUCAUGUUUGAGACGUUUUAUGUAUGCAUUUUGUAUGACAUUUGCAGAUCGUAACCAAUCCAAGUGAGGAGAGUACUGUUGAGACAGACUUCACAGGCUUGGAAGGCAAAGCAUUAGAGAUUGUCUUCAAACCACAAGCAGAGGAAACAGAAAGCAUUUCUGUCAAUAACUUGGGAAUCGAAGCAUGUAUUGAAAAAGGUAUACCCGCUGUUUUAUUUCUCUAUUUUCCUCAUAUUCGACUUUUCUGUUGAUAUGUCCGUCGGUCUGUCUCUUUCCGUCUCUUUUCUCUCUGUCCAUUUUUGUGUUUUAAUUGUCUUGGUAAUUGCUUUUUGAGUUGACAUACACCAUAAAUGAAUAAAACCGGAGGAUAUACUUUGACAUUUGAUGCAUGUUUUUGUUUUUCAGAAGCUGUUAGUACACCAACUACUGUGUCCACACCAACGACUACCACACCACCAGGUCCACCCUACUCAACAACAAUCUCACCAUCUGCACCGACUAGCCCGUACGUCUGUCCUGUUCCCAUGUUGGACGAUGCUGGUACAGACGAAUUACCCGAUCUGGUAGAGGUCUUUGUUGACGAACAUAAGUCUCCUACUUCGUCUCCUCUAAAUGGUACCCUGGGAACGGUAACUGGCGAGCCCGGCCAGGAGGUGAAAAUCAGGAUUGUCUUUAAAGACAAGGAUGAUAAAUCUCCCAUAGGAAAGAUCACGGUGACCACCAAAAAUACACAAACCGUUACCUUCAUUGUUACAACUCCAGAGGAUACUGAGUUGAGAAAGGAAGAGGUACGAUGUAGUUCCGAGUGAUUUUGAAUGCAAAUGAUUAUCUUCAUUCAUGUUUGAGACGUUUUAUGUAUGCAUUUUGUAUGACAUUUGCAGAUCGUAACCAAUCCAAGUGAGGAGAGUACUGUUGAGACAGACUUCACAGGCUUGGAAGGCAAAGCAUUAGAGAUUGUCUUCAAACCACAAGCAGAGGAAACAGAAAGCAUUUCUGUCAAUAACUUGGGAAUCGAAGCAUGUAUUGAAAAAGGUAUACCCGCUGUUUUAUUUCUCUAUUUUCCUCAUAUUCGACUUUUCUGUUGAUAUGUCCGUCGGUCUGUCUCUUUCCGUCUCUUUUCUCUCUGUCCAUUUUUGUGUUUUAAUUGUCUUGGUAAUUGCUUUUUGAGUUGACAUACACCAUAAAUGAAUAAAACCGGAGGAUAUACUUUGACAUUUGAUGCAUGUUUUUGUUUUUCAGAAGCUGUUAGUACACCAACUACUGUGUCCACACCAACGACUACCACACCACCAGGUCCACCCUACUCAACAACAAUCUCACCAUCUGCACCGACUAGCCCGUACGGUAUGUGACAUGGAUACUACCUUCUG